AUGGAGCCGUACAUGGUUGUGAGGUUUCGGGUUCUUCCAUCGCGCGUCUGGGCAUCGGAGAUAGAGGGACACAGUUACACAGAACUUUUCACUUGGACAUCGAAGACGGGAUGGUUUUGGAAGGAGGAGGAGGGAGGGAAGCUAAGGAGUCUUAUGUCCGCUCGCUAUCCGACUGCCGAAUGGGAUGGUGAGAGAGAUCACUCGAGAGAGAGGGCAGAACAACUCAAGGAGAGUCUCUACGGAUACCUCCCUCUCACAGAUCCUGACGACUUCUACCCUUUGCCCAGUCUCUAUCCGUGGCAGUGCUCUCUCGUAGAUGAAUUACACGAAGGGAACAGGGUCUACGCGUUCACGCGCCUCUCUCUCUCAGCCCACAACUCCCACCGCCGUUCAUCGCCGGGACCUAUCUCAUCUUACUUACACGGCCACACUGCUUCGAAAUUGGACAACCAAAUCUGGGGGAAGACCUGCCGGCCGACCGAGCGGCUGGCGAUUGUUCUCUUCUUCUUUUUCUUUGCUGGGAUGUUUGGCAUGCCCACAUUUGGAGAUCUCUCAUCAACGAACCAAACAAAGUACCCUGAAGCCGGCAUCAGUGUGCCUGCCACUCGUGACUUUCAAGAUCAACCGCAUUUUGAUUUCUUACCAGCUUGA